CCCUCCUGUCAUUAGACGAGCUUUGUUUUGCACCGUCCACUUCCCUCCUCUUCUCUUCUCUCUCCUCACCCCCUCCCUCCCUCUCUCUCUCUCUCCCUCUCUCUCUCUCUCUCUCUCUGUCUGUCUCUCUCCCUUCCUCCCUCCCUCCCUCUCUCUCUCUUCACUCUCCUCCCCCCUCUCUCUCUCUCUCUCUCUGACUCUCUCUCCCUCCUCCUCUCCCCCUCUCUCUGUCUCUCUCUCCUCCCCCCUCUGCGGCUCUCUCUCUCCCUCUCUGCAGUGAAUCUCUCCCCCGCUGCUGUCAGAGCCCGUAGAGUCAGCCGGUUCUCGGUUCUGACCGUUAAACUGAGAGUACCCGUCCCCGUUCUCUCCGGUGUUCGUCCCCCUCGGACCUUUGAUCCUCCCCGGCAGCUGCUCUCCUCUCGGCGGCAUCAUGGGAAAUGAAGCCAGUUACGCCCUGGACAUGUGCUCGCACUUUGAUGCUGAUGAGAUUAAAAGGCUAGGAAAGAGAUUUAAGAAACUCGACCUAGAUAACUCCGGCUCCCUGAGCGUGGAGGAGUUCAUGUCCUUACCGGAGCUGCAGCAGAAUCCCCUCGUGCAGCGAGUCAUCGACAUAUUCGACACUGACGGGAACGGAGAGGUGGACUUUAAAGAGUUCAUUGAAGGCGUGUCCCAGUUCAGUGUUAAAGGGGAUAAGGAGCAGAAGCUGCGCUUCGCCUUCAGGAUCUACGACAUGGACAAAGACGGCUACAUAUCCAACGGGGAGCUCUUCCAGGUCCUCAAGAUGAUGGUGGGCAACAAUCUGAAGGACACCCAGCUCCAGCAGAUCGUCGACAAAACCAUCAUCAACGCAGACAAAGACGGAGACGGCAGGAUAUCCUUCGAGGAGUUCUGUGCGGUGGUGGGUGGAUUAGACAUUCACAAAAAGAUGGUGGUGGACGUCUGACAACCUCCUGUUCUCGCUGCGUUUACUGAAGUUCUGCUUGAAGACGUCGUCCAGCUUUACCACUCUGUUUGUUUUCAACAGAAGUAUUUUCUCUGUGAAAAACCUCCCCCCCCUCCUCACCCCUCCUCACCCCUCCUCACCCCUCCUCCUCCUCCUCCUCCCCCACUCCCUCCUCCCCCCUCUCCCCCCUCUCUGAAGCCAAACUCUCACCAAGUAUUACCGAACAGGAACUCUCAGUGACUCGACGUCGCACUUUAACAGCGGACGGACGGCUUUUUAACGCAGAGCGGCGGUUUCAGUCUGGUGGAGGAAAGCUGGAGUGUGCGUGUGCGUGUCUCUGAGGCGUGCGUGUGUGUGUGUGCGUGCGUGUGUGUGUGUGUGUGUGUGUUCUGUAUGUUUUACUGGUUUUUCAAGGUAUGUGGGUUUUUUAUAUUUAUUUUGGUGUCAUAGUUUUUGUUUGGAGAAUCAGAGGAAGAUAUCUUAAAGUAAACUUUAGUGGACGAGUGUGUUUCGCCGUGAUGUUUUACUUGAUUUCAGAAACAGAGCAUGAAGUGCCAACACCACAUUUAUUGACAUGCAGUUGACUUACAGGUGAAAUCUGUGUCUUUAUUUUAGAGAUGUAACCGUAUUAUUGAAUGCAUUUAUCUUACUGGAGUGUUGCAUUAUUUACACUUGAACAUCAGCUUCAUUUUACCGUCACGUUUGGCGAUGCCAGAAACAAACGGGCAGAUGUGCACUGCAUGUUUUUAAACGACAGACUUUGACUUAGAUGAACAGAUGGGGGGGGAAUCCUUUUCCUUUGUUUAGGCGCUUUUGUGUUUAUUAAGCAGCAAGUUUGAUUUGUAUUAAACACUUAGAUGUUGACGUGAACGUUGUUUAGAAACUGGUAAGAACUCUCUGACACGGCGUUGAAAGCUGAAUCCGUGAAAUCUUUGGAGCUGACAAAUUCCACCAAACGCAGGAAACUCUCCGUUUGGUAAAGAGAUGUCAGAGUUCUCGCUCUGCACACACCGACUGAUCUGAAUUCAAAAGGAGGGAAUGAAAUCAGGAAACACGCUAACGGUUCCCUCAGACCAAAAGUGAAGGCAAAAUGAAAAGAGCAACACAAUCGUGCAAAACGUGUCACAUCCUUUCAGUAAUUUAAAUCCAAAAUCCAAAUCCUCCAGACUCGUCGUUCAGUGUCUGAAAGGACAAAGAAGAGCAGAACACCUCACAUGAACAGCAGGAAACCAAUGUUUAACAUCGUCCUCUGAAGAUGUUCAGCAGAUUCAUCAACUGAUUGAUCGUUGGAGAUCUUCUGAGAUCAAAUCAAACCCUACUAAUGUUCCUCUCAUCUUACUAACAGACCUGAAGAAUCCUCAGUCCCUGUUUGUUUUCAUGAACAGUCAAAUCUGCUCAUAUGGGGAUGAAAGCGCUGCAGUCAGGCAGAUGACUUCCUAGAUACAGUGAAACUGAGACUCUGUGGACAGAUGGAGAUACAGCGAAACUCAACCUGUUGAUCGUCAUUAAACAAGUCAAAUUUAAACGUUUAAUUUUGCCUCAUAACGCAGGACUCAGACAGAUUUCAGUUGACUUUAGCGGGUCUUACCAAAUACAGUGAAACUGAGACUCUGCAUUGAUAGAUGGAGAUAGAGUGAAAGAGAAUUUGUUUAUUGUAAUCAAACAACGGUAAAAUCUGCUAACUAUGGGUUGGUUGUUCUGUAGUCAGUUAGAUUUCAGCUGACUUUAUCAUGACUUCCUAGAUACAGUGAAACUGAGACUCUGUCCACAGAUGGAGAUACAGCGAAACUCAACCUGUUGAUCGUCAUUAAACCACAGUCAAAUUUAAACGUUUGGUUUUGCCUCAGCGCUGGAGUCGGACAGAUUCCAAUUCCACUUCCUAGAUACAGUGAAACUGAGACUCUGCAGCGAUAGAUGGGGAUAGAGUGAAACUUAAUAUUUUUGUUGUAACUAAACCAGGAUAAAAUUCAAUCUUUACUUUGUCUUCAUAGCACUGUAGUCAGAUUUAGGCUGACUUUAGCGUUACUUGCUAGAUACAGUGAAGCUGAGACUCUGCGUCGAUAGAUGGCGAUACGUUGAAACAGAAUCUGUUUAUUGUCAUUAAACCACAGUCACCUUUAAACGUUUGAUUUUGGCUUCAUAGUGCUGGAGUCAGAUUUAGGCUGACUUUAUCAUGACUUCCUAGAUACAGUGAAGCUGAGACUCUGCGUCAAUAGAUGGCGAUACGUUGAAUCAAAGUCUGUUUAUUGUCAUUAAACCACAGUCACAUUUAAACGUUUGAUUUGGCCUCAGCACUGUAGUCAGAUUUCAGCUGACUUUAUCAUGACUUCCUAGAUACAGUGAAACUGGGACCCUUCAAAGAUAGAUGGCGAUGCGGUUGAACAGAAACUGUCUUUUAUAAUUAAAUCACAGCCAAAUUGAAACGUUUAAUUUUGCCUCAUAGCGCUGGAGUCAAACAGAUUUCAGCUGACUUUAGCGGGUCUUACCAAAUACAGUGAAACUGAGACUCUGCGUCGAUAGAUGGGGAUAGAGUGAAACUUAAUAUUUUUGUUGUAACUAAACCAGGAUAAAAUUCAAUCUUUACUUUGUCUUCAUAGCACUGUAGUCAGAUUUCAGCUGACUUUAGCGUUACUUGCUAGAUACAGUGAAGCUGAGACUCUGCGUCGAUAGAUGGCGAUACAGCAAAACUCAACCUGUUGAUCGUCAUUAAACCACAGUGAAAUUUAAACGUUUGAUUUUGCCUCAGCGCUGGAGUCAGACAGAUUCCAAUUCGACUUCCCAGAUACAGUGAAACUGAGACUCUGCGUCGAUAGAUGGGGAUAGAGUGAAACUUAAUAUUUUUGUUGUAACCAAACCAGGAUAAAAUUCAAUCUUUACUUUGUCUUCAUAGCACUGUAGUCAGAUUUAGGCUGACUUUAUCAUGACUUCAUAGAUACAGUGGAACUGAGACUCUGUCCACAGAUGGAGAUACAGCAAAACUCAACCUGUUGAUCGUCAUUAAACCACAGUCAAAUUUAAACGUUUGAUUUUGCCUCAGCACUGGAGUCAGACAGAUUCCAAUUUGACUUGCUAGAUACAGUGAAGCUGAGACUCUGCGUCGAUAGAUGGCGAUACAUUGAAACAGAAUCUGUUUAUUGUCAUUAAACCACAGUGAAAUUUAAACAUUUCAUUUGUCUUCAUAGCGCUGUAGUCAAACAGAUUUCAUCUGACUUCAUCGUGACUUCCUAAAUACAGUGAAACUGAGACUCUGCGUCGAUCGAUCACGAUACAGGGAAAGAGAAUUCGUUCGUUCGUUGUAAUUAAACCACGGUGAAAUCUGCUGUCUGGGUUCAUAGCGCUGUAGUCUGACAGAUUCCAAUUCGUCUUCCUAGAUACAGUGAAACUGGGACCCUCUGAAGAUAGAUGGCGAUGCAGUUAAUCAGAAACUGUCUUUUAUAAUUAAACCACGGUCAAAUUGAAACGUUUAUUUUGGCUUCAUAGCGCUGGAGUCAAACAGAUUCCAAUUCGACUCACUAGAUACUGUGAAGCUGAGACUGAGCGGACAGAAAGACCGACGCUCCCCAGCUGAAACAGAACGCUGAUAGAUGGUGUCCAUCAGGAGGAGGAGGAGGAGUUAAUCAGCUGUUCGUGCUCCAUGUCGUAUCAGAGGAUUGCAGAUUGUGUUUAAAGCUACCUUGUCUUCACUCGUUGGUCUGAGCGCCUGAUCGUUGAACAACAUGCAGAAACGCUCCUCGGCCUGCUCAGACUCAUUUCCGUUUUUAGUUGGGAUAGGCUGCGCGCGUUUUUACUCCUGUAAGAUAUCGUUAAAAAAAAAAGAUCGGAAACAAGCUUCUUCAUCGGAGGAACGGCAGAGACUGUAAACAGAACGCGUUGUGUUCUGUGGCGAUCCGUGUGUUUGCAGCUCUCCUCUUGCUUUUUGACUUUCACAUCUUUCUACUGGACCCUGAGGGGGCGGGGCGGGGGGGCGGGGCGUCUGCCGCGCCGCAAAGACUUUUCUACCUGAAACGGACGACUUGUGACGUGUUUGCAUGACGUGUGAUCUGAUCUCUUUGUUUUCUUCUGCCUGUCGCUGUUUGCAUGUAGAUCAGCUUUUCUUAAAGCUCUUUUUUCAAAGCUGGAGUUUACCAGGCUGGUCUCAGCAUUUAAGGAAAUGAGCGAAACGUCUUGCAGAUGCAAAAACGAAUCUAUCCUGUGCAUGCAAGAAGAGUAUGUGGUAGUAUUACUGGUGAGCACUUGCACUGACGAGAUCAUUUUCUGUGAGGUAGACAUUUUUAUACUCUAAAAUAUGCAUGUUUAAUAGUUAGAGAUCAUGAACUAGCUACUUUCAAUAUCCCUUAAACAGAGUUGUUUCUUUAGCUGUAAUAGUUUCAUAUUUUAAAGAUGUGAACUGGUGUCAGGGUUGUGUUAUUAUCAGAUAUAAUGUUCUAUUAUUAGACGUGUUUCAUGGUGAGGAUCAGUAAUCUGAACAUAUUCUCGUGUUUCUUUCUUUCUUUUUGUUGCAUUUCAGAAGUUUUGGCUCAUUUCAUUUGAAUCCGGUGAGGCCGUGUUGUUUACAUGUUAAUAAUGAUGAUAAAUAAUAAAAACAUGAACAUUUCAAGCACGUGGAUGUUGCCAAUAAAAUACGUUAAACAUGAAUUAUUACUCCUCUGAAACACUGUACUCUCUCUGCCACACGCUCCGUAGUUCUUCUGUUUCUGUCCGAGCUUCCUGCUGGUUUUGAUUUCAGGGCGGAGCUGCAAAGUCUUCUGUUGGUUUAAAGGGACGUUUGUUUUUGUUUUUCUUUUGUUGGACUCAGUCUUAGAUUUUUACUCCUGUUUUCAUCUCUGCUGCAUCACUGAAACUUCAUACACAGAAAAAUGAGAAAUAAACUGUUUGAAAGUUGUUACAAA